AAAAUAAUCGUUGUUUUCAGAGAGAAAAAAAAGGAAAAAUACUUUCAUUAAUUAAUUAAUUUUUUGUUAAAAAUCAAAUCAAAUUAAAAAAAAUGGCCAACAAUGUAAAUUUAUCAAGAAUUUCUGGAUCAACGAUUGAAAAUCCAAGUCCAACAUCAGAUUCAGGUGGUGGUGUACCAUAUGAUCAAUUUGGUCAUGGUCAUUAUUUUUCGAAAAAAACAUUCCAUAAACCAACUUAUUGUCAUCAUUGUACAGAUAUGUUAUGGGGUCUUAUUGGUCAAGGUUUUAUUUGUGAAGUUUGUAAUUUUGUUGUACAUGAAAGAUGUUUAAAAACGGUUGUAUCACCUUGUUCGACGGUUGCCACCAAUGUGAUAAAGAAUCCUGUACCACAUUGUUGGACUGAAGGACAUUUGAAAAGAAAAUUUUGUAAUGUUUGCCGUAAAAGAAUUGAAGAUCAAAGUGCCGUACGUUGUGAAGUAUGUGAAUAUUGUGUACAUGUUGAAUGUCAAGAUUUUAGCGUACCGGAUUGUAAAGAAUGUGCCACCUAUGUACCUGAACAAGAGCUCAAAGAAGUUGUUCAAACACAUCAUUGGCGUGAAGGAAAUCUACCGGCCAAUUCAAAAUGUCAUUAUUGUAAAAAAACAUGUUGGUCAACUGAAUGUUUAGCCGGUAUGCGUUGUGAAUGGUGUGGUAUAACAGCACAUGCUGCUUGUUAUCGUCAUUUAUCAAUUGAAUGUAAUUUCAGUUGGUUACAAUCAAUAAUGUUACCACCAUUUGCUGUUAGCAUACCACGUACUGAUGUACCAUUAGAAACUAUUAUCGGUGUUAAAAGUAAAAAAGAAUCACAAACACCACGAAUAAUACCGGAUGAAACACCAGAAUUUGAUAGACGUGGUGAUAAAGAUUCGGAUGAAUUUCCAUCACCAAAAGAUAAAGAUAAAGAUGAAGAAACAAUAAAAGUAUUUGAUGGUAAUGCAUCAAUGAAACGUAAAACUUAUCGUACGAUAACAAUAUCAAGAAAUGCUAAUAAAGAUCAAAUAGUUGCUGCUUGUUUACGUGCAUUUCAUAUACAUGAUGAUCCAAGACAUUAUAUUAUAACUGAUGCUUAUGCUCGACCUGAAAGAGAAAUUUCCGAUUUUAUGCCCGUACAAAGUUUAAUUCGAACUGAAGGUAAACGAUGUGGUAUUUAUUUUCGUUAUAAACCACCUAAUCCAGAUGAAGGAGCUAUUCGUGUUUAUCCGGGACGAUUAAAUGUCACCGAUACUUAUCGUGUUAUAUCCGUUACAAUCGAUACCGGUGUUGAUGAAGUUAUGGUCGAAGCAUUAGAUCAAUUUGGUUUAGAUUCAUCCGAUUUAAAUCGUUAUCGUUUAGUUGAAGUGUCAUUAGAAAAAGGAUGUGUUCAUGAACGAACUAUGGAUAAUAAUGAAAGUCCAUGGGCUAUAAUUAAAGGAUUGGCACGGGAAUCAAUAAGACAAAAAGAAAAUACAAGAUUCUAUUUACAACAAGUUGAUGAAGUUUAUUGUUCAAAUGUAGCUAUAUUUGUUGGUAAUUUACCGGCUAAUCUUUCACAACGUCAUUAUGAACGUAUACUUGUCGAUUUCCUUGGAAAACCAUAUAAAUAUCGUCAAAUUGGUCCAAUUUAUUAUGAAUAUGGUUCAAUGAUAUUAACAUAUGAUAAUGCUGAUAUUGCUGUUAAAGCAUAUUAUAUGUUAAGAGAAAGUAUUUAUGAUGAUAAAAAUUUAUUAGUUUUAUUAUUACCAAAUAUAAUGCCCGAAAUGGUACCAAAAGGUGUUCGUCCAUUAUUGGUAUUUGUUAAUGUUAAAAGUGGUGGUUGUCAAGGUUUAGAGCUAAUUUCAUCAUUCCGUAAGCUGCUCAACCCUUAUCAAGUGUAUGACCUUGAAAAUGGUGGUCCAUUACCCGGUUUGUAUGUAUUUCGUCAUAUAAAAGAUUAUAAAAUAUUAGUAUGUGGUGGUGAUGGUACUGUUGGUUGGGUUUUACAAUGUCUCGAUAAUGUUGGUCAAGAUUCAGAAUGUCAAACACCACCAUGUGCUAUUGUACCGUUAGGUACGGGCAAUGAUUUAGCAAGAGUUUUACGUUGGGGUCCUGGUUAUACCGGACAAGAAGAUCCAAUAACCGUAUUGAAAGAUGUUAUCGAUGCUGAAGAAAUACGACUAGAUCGUUGGACAGUUGUUAUACAUCAAGAAGAAACUGGUGAACGUCAAUCAUCAAAUCAAGAAGAUAAUACAGCUAUUAUGGUUAUGAAUAAUUAUUUUGGUCUAGGUAUUGAUGCCGAUCUUUGUCUUGGAUUUCAUAACGCAAGGGAAGAAAAUCCCGAACGUUUCAAUAGUCGUUUACACAAUAAAGGUGUUUAUGUUAAAAUGGGUUUGAAAAAAAUGGUUAGCCGUAAAUCAUGGCAAAAUUUUAAUAAAGAUAUUCGUUUAGAAGUUGAUGGUAAACAUGUUGUACUUGAUUCAAAAGUUGAAGGAAUUAUUAUUUUAAAUAUUUUAAGCUGGGGAUCCGGUGCCAAUCCAUGGGGCCCAGAAAAAGAUGAUCAAUUUUCUAAACCAAAUCAUUAUGAUGGUAUGUUGGAAAUUGUCGGUGUUAAUGGUGUUGUACAUAUGGGACAAAUACAGAGUGGUCUUAGCAGUGCAAAACGUAUUGCUCAAGGUGGUCAUAUUCGAAUAAAAAUUCUUACCGAUAUGCCAGUCCAAGUGGACGGCGAACCUUGGAUACAAUCGCCUGGUGAAAUCGUGAUACUUAAAUCUGCAGUCAAGGCUACAAUGUUACGUAAAUCAAAAAUGAAACGUCGUAAUACGGAACCAUCAUUACCACCAGGUACAACAACUGGUUCCAAUGAAGCAUGUGUUGCAGGAUCAUCAUCAUCAUCAACAUCGAUAAUUCUGUCAUCAACAUCGACAACAUCGACAUUGUCGACAAUAACAACUGCCACUGAAUUUAUGACUGGAUUAUCAUCAUCAUCAUCAUCAACAACAACAACAACAACAGCGACCACAACUGGAACUGGAAGACGUUGUUUACGUGAAAAAGAUGAAUUUGGAAAAUUAGAGAAAAUAUUUUCCGAAACUGAAUGAAUCGAUCGAUCGAUUGAUUUUUAUUGAUUUUUAUUUUUUUCCAUUAAUUGUGAUCAACAUUACAAAAAAAAAAAAUUAUAAAUAUACAUUUUACUUUGACUUUGACCUAAUCCUGAUCCAAGUUCAUCUAAUCGAGAUAUGAUUCGAGCCUAAAUUGAAAAAAAAAUUCAAAUCAAAGGAAAAGGAUAAAAGGUUAAAAUAAUGAUCAACCAAAUAACUUAACUUGUUUCAU